AUGAACGCGGACAACGUCGUGGAGGCGAAGGGCUGCCUUAAUCGAAACAGCGGAGGUAGGAGCAGUAAACCUAGACUUUACCGUUGCGUUCUUGUGGGUUUGUCGACAUGUUUCAUUGUCUGGACUGUGCUGGAGGCGCUUUUCAUCCAGCACCGAGUGUCCACCGUCGAUCGCAUCCCACCCACUCCGCCACGCCAGUUCGAGCGGAUAUUCAUUGCCAGUACGCACUGGAACAAUGCAGUCAUUCAACUAGCGAAGAAAUGGGGGCCGGAGAACAUUUUCGUGAGCAUUUUUGAAAGCGGGAGCUGGGAUGACAGCAAGGGCGCACUCCGGGAUCUCGAUCUCGUGCUAGAUCGAUUAGGCGUACGGCGAAAUCUUACCCUUUCUGAGAUAGCUCAUCAGGAUGAGAUCUCACGUCCUCCGAGUGAGGGUUGGAUUGACACCCCUCGUGGCCGAAAGGAAUUGAGACGCAUACCUUAUCUUGCUCGGCUGCGCAAUCUAACCUUACGCCCUUUGGAGGAUUUGGCACGGAACGGCAUAGUAUUCGACAAGGUGCUUUUCCUAAAUGAUGUGGUCUUUACGGUGGAUGACGUGAUCUCGUUACUCAAUACCAAUGACGGUGUUUACGCCGCCGCUUGUUCCUUGAAUUUCUCCAAGCCUCCUCGUUACUAUGAUACAUUUGCUCUACGUGAUUCUAACGGAGACGAGACUUUGAUGCAAGAAUGGCCUUAUUUCCGCAGCGCAACCUCCCGGGAUGCCCUGCUCGCGAUGUCUCCGGCACCUGUGAAGAGUUGCUGGAACGGUAUGGUGUCCAUGCCUGUAGCCCCAUUCCUAUCGAAAACGCCGUUGCAAUUCCGUGCAAUCCCCGAUUCCCUUGCGCAAUUGCAUGUAGAGGGUUCUGAAUGUUGCUUAAUUCAUGCCGAUAAUCCUCUCUCCCCAACGAAAGGCAUAUACCUAAAUCCUAGAGUACGUGUUGGCUAUAAUGACUUGGCAUACGCAGCCGUUCAUCCGCAUACGGCAUGGAUUUCGCUGCACAAUAUUGCUCUGGCCCUUUGGGAAAACCGGAUUCGACGCUGGACCACGAGCGUGUUCUUCAAGAAACGGAUCAUUCGAAGAAGGAUCACCAGUUGGGAGAGAUAUCCAGGCACCCGUUCUGAGCCUGCGGCAUUUUGUUUAAUCAAUGAGAUGCAGGUGCUUGUCGGGAAUGGGUGGGCUCAUGUGUGA